GUCAGAGACGCGGACUAGGACUGUCACGUCUGUCUGUACCUCAGACACCGCGGGAAAGAGACGCUUUCUGUUGUUAAAAUGUUGAGGAAAUCCCUGAUGAACGUCGGGUUGCGAGUCGUCCACCGACAGCGACAGAAAGGGAUUCAGAGAUUUACAGCGGGACUCAGUCCGGUGAAUUAUGGGGACAUCCACCGCCGCGACGCAUCCACCACCACUACCACCACCCCCGUGAUGGGAACCAACAACAAACUGAAAACUAUGGACGAAUUAGGCGGACCGAGUUUCAUGACAACCUUAUAUUGGCUUUUUGUGAAGGGCUAUUUCCAAACGACGCAACAAAUGCAAAUCGAGCACAGCAAGAUCUACGGUCCUCUGUGGAAGUCAACGUACGGCCCUCUGGUCGUGGUGAACGUGGCCAGCGCCGAGCUGAUAGAGCAGGUGUUGAGGCAGGAGGGGAGACACCCGGUCCGGACUGACAUGCCCCACUGGAGGAGCUACAGAGAGCUCAGGAACCAGGCCCAUGGACCCCUGACAGAGAUGGGGGCCAAGUGGCAGCGCAUUCGCAGCAUCCUGAACCCUCGGAUGUUGAAGCCCAAACAUGUCUCCUCCUACUCGAACACUAUCAACGAGGUGGUGACGGACUUCAUCAGCAGAGUGGCCCGGCUGAGGGAAACCAACGGCCACGGAGUCAUGGUCAAUGACCUGACUGGAGAGCUCUACAAAUUUGCUUUUGAGGGUAUCUGCUCCGUGUUGUUUGAGACGCGUAUGGGCUGCAUGAACGAGGUGGUGCCCGAGGAAACCCAAAAGUUCAUCCUCUCCGUGGGGGAAAUGUUUCAGCUCUCCCAGGUCAUCGUCCUCUUCCCCAAGUCCUACUGGCCCUACCUGACUUUCUGGAAAAAGUUUGUGGCAGCCUGGGAUCAUCUCUUCAAAGUCGCUGAAGAGUUGGUCCAGAAGAAAAUGGACGAGAUCCAGAAGCAGGUGCACCUGGACGAGAACGUGGAGGGAGCGUACCUCACACACCUGCUGCUCAGUGAUCAGAUGACGUUCACCGAGAUUCUGGGCAGCAUCACCGAACUCCUGCUGGCAGGAGUCGACACAACCUCCAACACUAUCUCCUGGUGUCUGUACCACUUGGCGAAAGAGCCAGAGAUCCAAGAGAAGUUAUACCAGGAAGUGAUAGGUGUUUGCCCCGGAGAUAAGAUGCCAACCAGCGAUGACAUCGCUCAGAUGCCCUACCUCAAGGCCAUCAUCAGAGAGACGCUACGGCUGUAUCCGGUGGUACCAGGAAACGCCCGCCUCACUGUUGAAAAUGAGAUUGUGGUGGGAGAUCACCUCUUCCCCAAAAAGACGCUGUUCCACCUGUGCCACUACGCCGUGUCCUACGAUGAGAGGAUCUUCCCUGACGCCCACACCUUCCUGCCGCAGCGAUGGCUCCGGGGGGCGGAGGAGAAGUCCAAGCAGCACCCGUUCGGGUCCGUGCCGUUCGGUUUUGGGAUCCGGGCGUGUCUGGGCCGACGGGUGGCAGAACUUGAGAUGUAUCUUCUUCUGUCCAGGUUGAUCAAACACUAUGAGGUGAGGCCAGAUCCUGCUGGAACCACAGUGAAGCCCAUCACCAGAACCCUGCUCUGCCCUGCUAAAGAAAUCAACCUGCAGUUUCUGGACAGAGGAGUGGAGCAGGACGAGACGAGGACAGCAGCAGCAGCAGCAGCAGCAGCAGCAGGAGGUGUUUCUCUGUGAGCUGUUUUAGUAUUCACACGGUGUUGUUUCCUGUCACCAGGCACUUGUUUAUCCAGUGUUCACAUCAUGAGAACUGGCUGGAUGGAAUGCACCUAAACUGUUGCAUAAAACAUGAGCUGAUUGAAGCAGUCGUAGGCUGUACUGUACAGAAUACAAAGCAGUAUGUAUAGAAUUUUAAAACAUUUGUAUUAAUGUAAAUAUGAAUUCUUUAACCAACAACAAAAAACUAUAAAGUGUCAAAGGGUUUUUUUUCUCCAGGGAUUUGUUAAGUUUCACUUCUACAAAUGCCGCAGUUUUUUGUUUUUUUUUAAUUCGUCAGCUGUUGCCUCGCAGCGGGAAGUGUCCCGGGUCCAAACCUGAACGGACCCAACCUCCAGUUUGAGUCGUGUUUCGUUUAGUUUCCCCAACAUGAAAAUACAUACGCUUUCUCUGCACGUUCUCUAUUUUUCUUCCUGUCAACACAUCCCAUGAAAAGACAAAAACCAACAACAGUUCAGUGUAAACAUUUUUAGAAAUAGGGCCCAAAAAUAAUCCCCAACCCUAAUGGAGAAUGAUGCUCAAACAGAAGGAAAAAGUGCAUGUGCUAGGGACUACUUUCAGCGGCGGAUGAAUACACAUUUGCUCUUCUGGUGUGUAUUUCUGGCAGCGGGACGGUGUAUGUGGGAUUGAGUCAAAUUAAUUUACAGUGUGUAUGUGUGUGUGUGUGUUCAUGGCAAUGCUACAACAGUGUGACUCACUGUUUUGUUUGUAAUUGUUUUUUGACAACAUCAAAGCGCUAUGGUGAUAAAAUACAUCAGGCUUUGACGACAAAGACGAUACUUGUUUUGCAAGAUCAGUUAAUUGUCGGUCGAAGUCUCUCAUGGGAUUGGUUUGCAUUUAGAAAAACGAAGAAUAUAGCCAGACUUAUCCUUUAAGAAAGGCCCUGGCCUCAGAGCUGUAGUUGGUCCAUCAGGUGCAGCUUAGCCUCUCCUAAAAGUUAAUAAGGGUAAAAUGUGAACAUCAAAUUUUUCAGAAGUGUCUGCAUCACCAAUUCAAGUACUUGUAUUUCCCUGUUAAGUAAUUUAAAAUGAUAUUUUACUGUACAUAUUUAAAAUUUAGAAAAUAUAUAAACAUAUAUAUUAUUAAAAAUGUAUUUUAAAAUCCAGACCCAUAGUGUUGAGGAAAAUAAAAUUUAAAAAAAACAUUGGCAGUGAGUUGAAAAUUUUAACUUGGAGAUACUGUUUUUUACUCUUUAUGUUUUAGUAAAAUUCAUCUUGUACAUACAGAAAUGUAGGUUUAACCAUGUUUAUAGUUUUGAUUUGUUUUAUAAUUAAAACUCCCUGUUUCUUGUUUGUACAGUCCAAUAUUUUAUGUAGCAUCUCAGUGGGUUUAACAGAGCCUCAACAUGACAGAAGAG